UAUUGCUCGAUGGGAGAUGUUUGACGCCUCGUUAGAAGCUGUUCGACUUCUGUGGACCACAGAAACGCAACCAAACUCGCCAGAACUUUCACCAUAUUUUGCCUUCCAGCUACACAAAACCCGGUCAUAACAAGAACAUCUGCUGCAGGCAGUUCCUGCUUCCACGGGCAGCCAGACAAACCGUCCAUGCUCCCAGGUUAUAUAAGGACACCACAACCUCCAUUGCAAAAACCAGGCUAGUUUCACUACCCUCCUCUUACCCUUCCCACCAAAUAAGGUUCCAUCCUUUUCCCAGCAUUCACAGGGGAGGGGAACACAUUCAUCCGGCGACCGGCGGCCAUGGCCUCGCUCCGCAUCCUUCCGGCGGUCACCGUCGCCGUCCUCUUCUACGGCGUGGUCGCCGUCGCCACCAAUGCUCCCGACUUCGUCAUCCAGGGCCGCGUCUACUGCGACACCUGCCGCGCCGGGUUCCAGACCAACGUCACCGAGUACAUCAAGGGCGCCAAGGUCAGGCUGGAGUGCAAGCACUUCGGCACCGGUGCCGUCGAGCGCGCCAUCGACGGCGUGACCGACGAGUCCGGCUUCUACACGAUCAAGCUCAAGGGCGGCCACGAGGAGGACAUCUGCGAGGUCAUCCUCAUCGAGAGCCCCCGCAAGGACUGCGCCGAGGUCCCAGCGCACAGCGACCGCGCCAGCGUCCUGCUCGCCAAGGACGCCGGCAUCAGCGACGACAUGCGCUUCCCCAACCCGCUCGGCUACUUCAAGGACGUGCCGCUGCCCGUCUGCGGCGCGGUGCUCAAGGAAUACCUCUUGGAUGACCAGGAUGAGUAAAGAGUACGGUAACAUCACCGGACAAGCUGCACAAACUGCAAAUCGGUUGCCUGUAGCAUGGAUGUGUCAGCAAAGUACAAAGUGAAUGAUUAACAAUAUAUGGAGAAAAGGAAGAGGAAAAAUGUAACUGUGCUGUCUAUCUAAUGUUACUUACAGUUCUGUGACU